AUGGUCGUGGAAAGUUUUGCGCCGGUUCUGGUGGAUGUGCUGCCAACUACGACCACGACAGGAACAAGCUCAAGUUCGACGGCCAGCUCCAUUCCCAGCAGCUCGACCACGGUCUACGAGCGCGUCAUCUACGAGCUCUCUAACACGAGCUCUCUGACGACAAGCGCGUCGCUUACGAGCAAAACAUCGACGAGCGCAACCAACAUCACGAACACCACCAGCACAACCACUAGCAGCUCUUCAACAACUUUCACAGCGCCGCAAGCUCAGCCACAUCAGCACAACAGCCACGAGAGCUACAAGCACUAG